AUGAUUGUGAGUGUUGUCAUACCACAAGGCAUUAAGUUGAUCCAAGUUCGAGAUAAUAUUGACCUGAUAAGUCAAAUAGUUUCCACUGCAGAGUUACCGUAUUUGGUAGCUUUGACAAAAAUGAGCGUGCUUUAUUACAAUAAAGAAAAAAUGAUUAUUCUCUAUGGCUGCAUGAUGGAUCACUGGGAGAGGAAUAGAAGCAAUAAAGAAGUAGAGAUCAUGAUGAAAAAAGGGGUAGAGGGUAAAAAAAUUGCAGUCCUGUGUAUGUUUUUGGGACAUGCAACGAUGGUUGCCCGUCUAGUGCAGUGGAUAUUUGAAAAUUUACAAAAUUGGAAUAAUUCCGAGCGCUUUAAGAAUUAUACGCUCUAUGUUGAAGCCUAUUAUCCCUUCAAUUGGAACUACACUCCAAUGUUUGAAAUUACUUGUUUUAUUGAAUAUUUCGGUACUUUUCUUGCAACUGCAGCCUAUACUGGUACCGAUGGCUUUUUCAGUCAAACAGUUCUGCAUAUUUCUGGAGAAUACAAUAUUUUACGGUUACAACUUUUAGAGCUUGUCAAUAAUUUUAAUGUGACAAUAUUUGGUCAUGAGUUUGAUGAGAAAAUUGGUUACAUCGUCGAUGUUCACGAGCACCUAAAUAGAAAAUUAAUUGCAUUAUUCUUCAUGAGUUAUGCCUUCGCACAAACGGCCUACAACUGCCAUUGGUACAACCUACCUGCAAAAAAAGCGAAAUACUUAAUUCUUCUAAUGCAAAUUGGUCAUAAACCAGUUGCAAUUACAGCUGGUAAAUUUUGUGUUCUGAAUUUGAUUUUAUUUGGCAGCAUUAUGAAAACCUCAAUGGGCUAUUUAUCAGUUUUGAUAACAAUGAGACGAACGAAUAAAUAA